AUGGCAUUUUCAGGUCGCAUGGAUGGGUCUUCCUUCCAGCAGCCUCAGCCCUUCGUCAAUGCCCAAUUCGACAUCUUCGAAUGGCACGGGGCGUUUCAAUCUUGCGUGCGAUAUUUCUUGGAUCACGCGCAACACUCUGGCCCUGUCCAGGCCGUUUCGGCAUUUCUGAACAUACAGCUGCCUUACCAAAAACAACCACACCCUGUCUACUCUUCAAGUGGUGCAGUGUCGCCGCCCGCGCACCAGUACGCGCACCAGUCUUCCGGGCUCCCGGGGAUGUCUAGAUCCGGGCCCUCGUCUGUUACCGCCGCGGGAAAGAUGCCCAUGCACAUGGCGCCGGGGCAGUCUCAGCAGCAAGCAUAUGCGACCCUGACUCCCUACAUACGACGGCUGGUGGCCACUGGCUUCGACAUCCCAGGCAUUCUGCACGGAUUCUUCGGGGACGACUGGGUGGCUGGAGUCGGGCCUUUGCACGAGGCGGAGCGUCGCAAUUACCUCUUUGCGGCAAAAAGUGACAACUGGCUUAGGGUCAAGGCCAACUACGACAUGGACGGGGAGCAGAUGGUCCCAUUCCUCAAGCCGCUGCAGAACGUCAGCGAGAAGGAGAUCGUCAGCGCCGAGACGAGCUGGAGCGAGUGGCUGGCCAUGCAAGAUUGGAUGCUAGGGCCUCGGGCUCCAGUUGACGUUGAGGAGGGAGAAUCUCGGGGUCAGGAGCCAGGUUUCAGGGUGAAGCGGGAGAGGCGGUAA